CACAGCAGUGCACAGCCUCCUCAACCUGGCAGCCACGCGUGUCGCUCUGCCUGCCCGCCCUGCGGUGCCCACUCUCCCUCACUAUGGGGAACAGCAGGAGCGGGGCCCUGUCCAAGGAGAUUCUGAAGGAGCUGCGGCUGAACACCAAGUUCACCGAAGAGGAGCUGUGCGCUUGGUACCAGUCCUUUCUGAAGGAGUGUCCGAGCGGCCGCAUCACGCGGCAGGAGUUCGAAAGCAUCUAUGACAAGUUCUUCCCGGGCGCUGACCCCAAGGCCUAUGCGCAGCACGUGUUCCGCAGCUUCGAUGCCAACAGCGACGGCACCCUGGACUUCAAGGAGUAUGUGAUCGCCCUGCACAUGACCACGGGGGGCAAGCCCACGCAGAAGCUCGAAUGGGCCUUCUCCCUCUACGAUGUGGAUGGCAACGGGGCCAUCAGCAAGAAUGAGGUGUUGGAGAUCGUCAUGGCUAUUUUCAAAAUGAUCAAUCCUGACGACAUGAAGCUCCUGCCAGAUGAUGAAAAUACCCCAGGAAAGCGGGCGGAGAAGAUCUGGAAGUUCUUUGGAAAGAAAGAUGAUGAUAAACUUACAGAGGAAGAAUUCAUCGAGGGGACCUUGGCCAAUAUGGAAAUCCUGCGACUGAUCCAGUUUGAGCCUAAAAAAGUGAAAGAAAGGAUAAAGGAAAAGAAACAGUGAUGUGAACUGCCCAGCUCUUCCUCCC